CCGAUCACUGCAAAGUGCUGAGCGCGGUACAGACUGGCUGUAGCCCACACCACUCUUUCAUCUGUCCAAGAGAAGACCCCAAACCUCUGCUGUGAGGCGCUCACACUCAUCACAAUAAUGUGAAAAUCAGACGGAAACGUUUGUCAGAUGUUCAAACUCAUCGUCGCUUCAUUGUACUUCAGUGCCGUCCUUUUUCAACACUGUCACACAAUUUGCAGUCAGACUACAGUAGGCUAUCCACGAGGCUACCUGGUGUGAGAUGCGGCAAUGUCCCGAGGAAUAUGCCCACGCGUAAACUCCUGCGGAUCCUUUUGGAUAUUGUCAGCGGUCGUAUUUGCGGUGAGUGUGAUCGACGCGGACGCGUACAGCUGUCAUGAAGUGAGGACCGCUUUCCAGCUGCGGCAGGUCGGACCGCUGAACCGCGUUCCGGAGACACCUGGCACAGAUGUGGAUCUAUUGGUUUGUAAGCACCAGGGUCCGUCCUGCUGCACCCGGAAGAUGGAGGAGAGCUACCAAUUUGCUGUGAAAAGAGAAACCCUCCAUAACAUUCACUCCUACAGCUAUGAGCUUGAGCACCUCAUCUCUGGCCACUUGGAUGCCUUUCAGGACAUGUUCCAGUACCUUCUAUCCUUCUCUCAGGGCCACCUUAGCUCUCUGUUGGAGGGAACCUACUCAUCCAUGUCUCGCCAUGCCCUACCCCAUGUUAAUCAACUCUUCUCCUCACUCUCCCUCUACCUCCGCGGAGCCAACGUCUCUGUGGAGGUGGCAGUUCACCAAUUUUUUAACAACCUCUUCCCACUCGCCUACGCACGGCUCAUCAACCCAGGCAUUGAUGGCAGUAUGAUGAUGGGCGGUGAAAUGGGUGACUGUCUUCGUAUGAUCAGGCAGGACGUCAACCCUUUUGGGCCCCAUCCAGCAGUCAUGGCCCAAGAGCUGGCUGGGGCGCUGGGAGCCGGGCGGCAUCUGGGCCUGGCCCUGGAGGAGGGUCUGGAGGUGAUGAAUGCCACCGAACACAUCAGUCUGAGCAAAGAGUGUGUGAAGGGCCUGGUGAAGAUGGUGUACUGCUCCCACUGCAGAGGUUUGACCCUGAUCAAGCCCUGCGUGGGCUACUGUCUGAAUGUAAUGCGAGGCUGCUUGGCCAGUGUGUCAGAGCUGGAUCAGCCUUGGAGGAGGUAUACCAGCUUGUUGGAGCAACUAACCCACGCCAUGGCUGGGCACCACAGCCUGGAACUAGCCCUUCUGGGGGUUAGGGGGCACGUUAAUGAGGCCUUGCUUUACGCGCAGCUCCAUGGUCCACUCAUCACUGCCACGGUGGACAAGGUGUGUGGCCUGUCUACUGGGGAACCUACAGGCAUGCAGCCAACUAGCCCAGAGGUCACAGCCUUUACCUUAACCCCAUCUUCUGCUCUUCCAUCUGCUGUCCCCUCCCAACCUCUACCAGAGCAGUGGCUGGGACAGUUAGCUCACUUGAAGAGCUCGUUGCCCCUGAAACCCUCCAAGAACAAUAAACAUAAUCUGAGAACGCUCUCUAGGGAGUUCUUAAUGUACCUGCAGCGCUACAAGUCUUUCUUUGCAGCGUUGCCAGAGAUGCUGUGCGAAGGGGAGAAUGUAGUGGAUGACUCCACGUGCUGGAGCGGAGAUGAUGUGGUGGAGAGCUACACUGGCAGAGUCGUAGGAAAUGGUCUGCACGCCCAGAGGCAAAACCCAGAGGUCAAAGUUCGCAGCCCAAACCCUACACUGGCUGAGGUCAAGGAGAGGUUGGAGCGCUUUAAUCAGGAGACCCAUGAGAAGUUUCCAAAACUGGACCAGAUGGAGGCCUGGGAUGAGCUGGGCAGUGGUGAAACAGAGGGCAGCACGACAGACUGUGAUGAUGAAGACGGAUGUCAAGCCUCAGGAGACAGUCAAGGCCAGACCUCACAUACAGAAGCCUCCAGUGAAGGAAAACCCAUUGGGAGACGGCCUGGAGGAGACAGCCCGCAUGAGAACCCUUCCAAGCCCCCCUCAGUGAAGGUGAUAGGGGGCUCACCGUCUGCCAGCUGGGCACGUCCCUGGAGUCUUGCACUUCUCUUUGCUGCACUCUGCUUGCAGUGGACCCUAUUCUGAUGCCAGCCCCCUCUGUGAAUCUCCACACCCAACCCUGCCCCUUUAGGAACCACAUACAUGUGCACAGACACUCAUAUCAUAUACAUAACAUGCAUAGUAUCCUUACUCAUGUCCUCAAUGUACAUGGACGGAUGGUAUUGAUAGAAAACAUGACUGCGGUGUGGAAAGGAAGAGGACAACACUGUAGGAGACUUGACCUGCAGCAUCACCAGUGUAGGUGUUUGCACAAGCUAAUCUCAAAUGCACGCUCAUCUACAAAGAUUAGGCCUGCUGCUUCUUCUAGGCUGUUCUGGGGCUAGACAUUUGGGUAUGCAGACACAAACACAGCCCUACCCUUUGUGGUUCAGAACGGGACUGCAUCAUUCUGAUUUUACUUUAAAAAAUGCUUACACAUAUACAGACUCACAUACACGUUUUUUACAUAUACAGUACAAAUAAAGAGGUCUUCUUUUUCUGCUGCUGGUUUUUACUUAAACUUUCAGGCUCAUAACCUCAUCACGGCCACCGCACCAUUUGCCAGCCAGGCAGAAGAUUUCAGCUCAUUUGAAAACUCACCUCAUUUUCUUUUCAAGGAUUAAGGAAUGCAUGAUAGAUUGAUAGAUCAAUCCCAGGUGUCCAGCCCAGAAUAGCAGAUUUGAUAUUCUCUAAUGACUGUGUACCUUGGCAGGGAUUAGACUGUAAUGACUUCACAGGUAGAGAAUGGGCACACUUGCACGGCUGAACACACUGUGCAGACAAACUAGGUGUGUAUAGUAUGUAACUGUAUAUAUGUGGAAAGAUUUGACGUAUGUAUGAGGUUCUGACUCAACAAAAAGCUCUUAACUGAUUGAGCUGAAUGGGAUUUUCUUUUCUUUUCCCUUACCUAUGAAUGGACUUUGCUUGUCUGAUCCAUGUUAGUUUAGUGUGGUGAUUUAAUUUCUGUAACAAAUAAAGCAGGAAUGCACAUAAUUUUCCAACUCAAGCCCAUGACAUAAUUGGACAAAUUUAGGACAUUUAAACAUUUAAGUCUGUACAUUGUUGAUUUUACUAAUAUUUAUUGUGCAUCCUGUUUGUGUGUUUGCUCGUUGAAUUGCACAUAAAUGCAUGUAUACCUACCAAGUUAUCACAUUUGUCAUGAUAGGAUCAGGCCCUUCCUCAGGAAGCAUCACAAACUCAUAUAUUGCCUUUUCCAUCACAUCUCGCUGAUGGCGUGACGUCACAUUUCAGCUUCCUAUCUCAAAUGAUGGUUUGUAACUUGAAAAUAAGAAGAAAGUUGGAGCUGCAGAUCCAACACAUUCAGAUUCCAACACAAUUUAACGCACACACAAAAACAUGUACAAUAUUUUUUCCAGAGUUGGGCGUAUCUAUUGCUUGAUCCAGUACAGUGGUGGCCAUUGUGUACGUCCCUCUUCAUGGAUUUAUCAAACAUUGUGCAAAAUAAGCUCUAAUAUUUCUCCACCCAAUCUUAAGCAGACCAUUCCUUGGAAUUCCAACAGAAUAAAAGCAAAUCCUUCUUUGUUUGA